AUGCAAGGCUAUUCAUUUGCACCUCCAUCAGGGCCUCCCCGAGAUGGCCAGAAAAGUAAACACAACCCUCGAAAGAUUCGCCUCAAAUUUGAUUACGUAUUUGUUGAUGAGCAUAAUCGGCAUAAGAGGUUAAAAGUAAUGCGCGCGUGCAAUGGCUGCCGAAAGAGAAAGAUUAAAUGUGAUGCGGCGACAACAAAUUCCUGGCCCUGCUCAGCCUGUACGCGUCUGAAAUUGGUCUGCGUCCCGCCAACAAUUGGCCAAGAAGGAGAAUACGAUCCAGAUACCCACGGCAUGGAGCCCAACGAGGUGGGAAAUAGUUCCCUCCCGGAGGGCUCUCAUCAUUCUUUUUCCAUUGCUCCGGCAUAUAGAGACAACCAUCAAACAUCAAUGGGGACUAUGCCUGCAUAUGAUGGAAUGGGAAUGUAUCCCCAAUUCGUCAAUGCUCCACACAGUCAACCUGCAAUGUAUAACGACAUGCGCUCAACAUCCAUGGUCAUGCCCCCACAACCCUAUCAACAACAGUCAAUAUAUUCCGGGCCGCAGUCAACGUCUCUUGGAACGACGGAUCGCGGAGUCUAUGUGGAGGCAGAUUCAUCUACAGCAGAAAACCUAAGUGAGGUUUUGGGUGAGCUCAAAAUUGAUGAGACGGGAAUUGCUCCAUAUAUCCGACGACAAAGAACAGAUCGCCAAGAACCAGAUGCUCCUAUCCAAGAGGAGGCUGAAAUGAAAUUACCGCCACUCAGCACUGGAGCCGGGGCUAAGAUUCGCAUUCCACCAGAGCUCAUGCCUGCAGAGGAGGACGUAAUGGAAUAUUUUAAGAUCUACUUCGACGAAAUUCAUCCAUAUGUACCCGUCAUACCACGCGCUCAUCUGUACUAUCAAUGGCAAAAUGACCGUCGUUCUAUCUCUCCUCUUCUCCUCGAGGCUUUGUUCGCCUGUGCUGGACGAGUGUCCGAGGAACCUUCAGAGGGUGCGCAAUGGCUUGCUUUGGCCAACAGGCAUGAGCCAAGCUUUAUGGACGUCCCACGUGUGAGCACAAUUCAAGCCAUGCUUCUUCUCCUCAAAGCCAGAGAAUCCUUACCGAAGAAAGGGUAUUACUAUCGGUCCUGGCAGACAGUGAAAACAAUCGUGGCAAUGGCGAAGGAUUUGGACAUUCACGAACAUUAUAGUAAUCAUGCGGAGGGAAGGCCUUGCGAGCUAAGCCCUAUCGAAUGUCUGAUCCACACUCGAAUAUGGCAAGCCCUUUUGGUGGUGGAAGUAAUGAUAGGAGCCCCUCAAGGCCGAUCCGACUAUGGCGUGGACUUGGAGACGGUAGAUAUGCGACCGACGUUGGAUAUCAGAGGCUUGGAUGUCUAUGAGACCGAUCGCUCUAGGCAGUAUGCCUACUUUGUCCGCAAUGCACACCAUAUUCGAAUCAUCACGGAUGUUUAUCACAAGGUGAAAAAACAAAAGGACUGGGGAGCCGAUCCUCGCUUUACACAGAAAAAUCCUCUAUUUGCAGAUUGGCUUCAGAGCCUGCCUCCAGAUCUACAGGUGAACUAUCCACCUGAUGGCUCUGCGCCAUGGCUGCCGUCCCAUUUUGUGGGUAAUAUGCAUUCCCACUGUCACCUCGCGAUCAUCUUGCUUCAUCGUCCACAAAUUCAAGCAUCUCAGUCAUUUACGGCAGGAGGAGACUGGAAGAUUCAUUUCUCCCUUUGCUAUUCCUCUGCCAAAAGCCUCUGUCGCUUGCAGGAGGCUCUUCUGGAAAAAUACGACCUCUCUGGGUUAUUGUAUAUGCAGCGGGGUAUCAAUUUCGCCAUCUAUUGUAUUCUCACAUGUACCAUGCUUCACCUGGUUGCCAUCACCUCUCCGGAUCCCGAAUUUAACUCGGAUGCACGGGAAUAUUUCACCCGCCACAUGCGUAUUCUUGAGCGAUGCUCCACGGCAUGGCCCAUGCCAGAGAUUCAAGAUCAAAUCGACUCUUUAAGGCUUGCUUUCUCUGCCGAUACAAGUCAAGCAUUUGAGCUCAAACCAAGCUUUCCUUAUGGCAGCCCCUCUGAUGGCUACCACCCCAGUCCUCCUAUGGACACGCAGUAUCACCCGCAGCUGAAUCAAAUGUCGAACAAUCUUCAAGCUAGAGUGGGUUACAACACACAUCAAAUUACACCUCCGAUUUCUGCUGGUACUGAAGAUUCCAAGUCCGACACAUCCUCUCAUCUACAAUCCCUUGGACUGGUCCCUCACCAACCGUCAACCUCUCACCCUAUGGAACAGCCCAUGGUCGAUGAAAAUAACUGGGACCCAAGCCGGAUCAUCCACCAAUGGGAUAUGGCCUUCUCUGUAAACCCCUCCACCGUCAGCACCAAUUCUCCUCCAAUGCCUAUCAGUAACCCAGCACAACCUAUGUCCGCCAUGGUAAAUCACCAAUAUCCCAUGCAAUAUGAGUCACCGUCCAAGGUGACUGUUCUUCCGACUCAGUCGGUUUCCCCACCACAGUUCCAGGCCCCUCCUGUCGUGUUCAGCGCCCGCGAUUGGCAACAAAGCGUGGCAAGCGUGUAUGAUCCGCAUGGUCUAAAGCGGCGAUGGAAUUAUUCAGUUGAUAUGGACUCUGAAAAUAUGGCUAAACGCCAUAGAGAAUAA